AUGCGUCUUCUCAAGGUUGAAGAAAAUGGAUGCCUCUCUUUCGCCGAGUUCAACGAAGGCACUAAGCCACCGUAUGCGAUACUUUCGCACAGGUGGGGAGCAGAAGGGACAGAGGUAACCUUCGAAGAUCUGCAAGGGAACAAGGGCGAAGAUAAGCUCGGCUAUGAGAAGAUUCGCCUCUGCGGGAAUCAAGCACAGCGAGAUGGUUUGCGGUAUUUCUGGGUCGACACUUGCUGCAUCAAUAAGGCAAACAAGGCUGAGCUGUCGCGGGCUAUCCAGUCCAUGUUUCGCUGGUACCGGGACUCGGCUCGAUGUUAUGUCUAUUUAUCGGAUGUCUUGAGCCUACCACUGGAUACUACCCUGACAUCCGGCCUGCAGGAAUCCAAAGUCCAAAACAGCGAAUGGUUCACCCGAGGCUGGACACUCCAGGAGCUCCUCGCACCCAGUUCGGUCGAGUUCUUCUCACAAGAAUGGAGGAAACUUGGUGAUAGAAAAUCGCUAAUACAAGAAGUGCACGAGGCAACUGGGAUUCCGUAUUUAGCGCUGCAAGGAGGUGCACUAUCUCAGUUCAGUGUCAGCGAUCGGCUGCGGUGGAUUGAAUACCGGCAUACUACAUGCCCAGAAGACAAAGCAUACUCCCUAGCGGGUGUUGUCGAUAUCGAUUUGGCGCCAUGUUAUGGCGAGGGUGUUGAGGGAGCGUUCAGACGACUUCACGACGAGAUUGACAAAUCAACGCGUUGUAUUCAAGACCUAUGUGGCACAGACUCGCGGAAAGACAAGCAGCGCAUUGAGGAGAUGAAAGGUGGCCUGUUGAAAGAUGCAUACAGUUGGAUCUUUCACAAUGAUAGUUACAUGAAUUGGUACACGGACCCGGAGAGCAGGGUGUUAUGGAUCAAGGGCGACCCUGGCAAAGGCAAGACGAUGUUACUUUGUGGCAUCGUUAACGAAUUGGAGACGUCUACCCCGAUGAGGAACACAAAGUUAGUAUCGUACUUCUUCUGCCAGGCCAACGACCCACGGAUUAAUAGCGCUACGGCUGUGCUACGUGGAUUGUUGUACUCGCUUGUGAACCAGCAGCCUUCUCUCGUGUCUUGUGUGCGUAAAAAGUACGACCACAUAGGCAGAAAAGUGUUCGAGGAUGCGAACGCAUGGAUAACCUUGGAAGACAUCUUUGCGGAUGUACUCCAGAAUCCGGACCUUCCUCCUACUACCCACCUGAUCAUCGAUGGAUUAGACGAGUGCGUUACUGAUUUACCAAAGCUUCUUGAUUUUAUCAUAAGGCAUUCGUCUACCCCCCGCGUUAAGUGGAUUGUUUCUAGCCGCAAUUGGCCAGAAAUCGAGGAUCGCCUAGAGCAAGCUGGUUCCAAAGUUAGGCUGAGUCUUGAGCUAAAUCCGACUUCUAUUUCAAAGGCGGUCAAAUUUUUCAUUGAACAAAGGGUCUUCGAACUUGCGAAGCGGAACAACUACGACGAGCGGACUCAACACGCCGUGCUAGACCAUCUGACAUUGAAUGCGAACGAUACCUUCCUCUGGGUAGCCCUAGCAUGUCAGCAUCUUCAAGUAACGGCGAGGCGAAACGUUCUAAGGAAAUUACAAUCGUUUCCGUCUGGAUUAGAUGCCCUAUACGAGAGAAUGAUGCAACAGAUCAGUAGGAAGGACGAUGCUGAGCUCUGCAAAGAGGUGCUGGCUGCGGUCACGCUCGUCUACAGGCCUAUCACGCUCAAGGAGCUCGUGACGCUUGUUGCACCGCUCGAAGAUCUGACUAGUGACGCAGAGUUACAAGAGAUCAUCGGUCUUUGUGGCUCCUUCCUCACCCUACGAGAACAGAUUCUGCACUUUGUGCACCAAUCAGCGAAAGACUUUCUCCUUGCUAAGGCUACCCAGGAAAUUUUCCCCGCUGGACAGGAAGCUGUUCAUCAAGCCAUCUUUGCUAGAUCACUUCAAGUUAUGUCAACAACCCUACAAAAGGACAUGUACGGACUGAGAGCGAUAGGCACGUUGAUCGAAGACGUUAAGAAGCCCAAGCCAGACCCAUUAGCAGCAAUCUCUUAUUCCUGUAUCUAUUGGAUCGACCAUCUAUGCGAAUCAAAGCCCAUAGCCUCCGCGCCUGAUCCAGAACAUUUGCGAGAUGGAGGGCUUGUUGAUCGGUUUCUUAGAAAAACAUUUCUGUACUGGUUAGAAUCCCUCAGCCUUUGCAAGAGUAUAUCCCACGGCAUAGUUUCGAUGAACAAGCUACAUAUGUUAGCACAAGAACAAGGGGAGAGAACUUCCCUCACUCGGCUCGUGUACGACGCAUAUCGUUUUAUCAUGUACCACAGACAAACGAUUGAAAUCAGCCCUCUUCAGACAUACAUAUCUGCGUUGCUAUUCAGCCCGACAGACAGUCUGAUCAGAAAAUCCUACCAUCAUGAAGCACCUGAGUAUAUCUCGAUCACAACAGCUAUGGAGAGUACCUGGGAUGCAUGUCUACAAACGCUUGAAGGACAUAAAGGAAUAGUCUACUCAGUAGCCUUCUCUCAUGAUUCAUCACGUAUCGUGUCUGGGUCAUAUGAUUGCACAGCCAAGAUAUGGGAUGCCAGCAGCGGAGCCUGCCUUUUGACACUGAGAGACCAUGACGACACUGUGUCCUCAGUAGCAUUCUCUCAUAACUCGUCACGAGUCGUUUCAGGGUCACAUGAUACCACGGCCAAGAUCUGGGAUACCAACAGCGGUGCUUGCCUUUUGACAUUAAGCGGCCAUAGCAAAUAUGUCCGCUCAGUAGCCUUCUCUUAUGAUUCCUCAUGGAUCGCCUCCGGGUCAGGCGACUUCACUGUCAAGAUCUGGAACUUGAAUAAUGGAGAGUGUAUCCAGAACCUCGAACAUGGCGGUAGUGUUAGCUUAGUAGCCUUCUUUCAAGGUUCUAAUCGACUAGUAUCAGCAUAUGGGACUGGCACAGGAACGAGCAUCAUGGUCUGGGAUCUAAACGAAGGCAAACUUUUAAAGACUUCUGGAGAUGUUGAUAAUGACUUCAAGUCAGUAUUCUUCUCACACGAUUGCACUAGAGCAGCGUUGAUCACUUCGGAUCCAGAGGAAAGAAACAUUUCAGUCUUGGAUUUGGACACUGGCGAGUGGUUGAAGACACUCAGGGGGCAAGAUUCUGCAGUUCAGUCGGUAACUUUCUCUCGCAACUCGACCCAGCUAAUAUCCGGAUCAACCAGCGGUUCUAUCAAGAUCUGGGACGUAACUACUGGAGAGUGUCUUCGAACAUAUGAAGGCAAUAGUUUCUGUGCUAACUCGAUGGCCUUGUCUCACGAUUCAGCUUAUCUGGUAUCUGGGGCAGACGACGGUACAGUCAGAAUCUGGGAUGCAGUUAGUACCGCGUCUUUGCGGGCUCCAAUGAACCAUAAUGUCGGAGUUAGAUCGUUAGACUUCUCUCCUGACUCGGCACUACUGGCAUCCGCAUUCAGCAACAACACAAUUAAAAUCUGGCAUGUGAGUAGUGGAAAGUGCCUGCAAACACUCAAAUGCCAUGAUUAUAAGGGCAUUGAGAACGAGGAAAUCAAGCAUAAGAUCAGCUCAAUGGCCUUUUCUCAUGACUCAACCUUGCUAGGAUCUGGAUCACAGGACGGAAUAAUCAAAAUAUGGGACGUAAGCAAUGGGAAGUGUCUCCACACACUGGUCAACAACGGUCAUGUCCGCCUUGUAGUCUUCUCACAGAACUCUGCCUGCCUGGCGUCUGUGUCCUCAACAUUAGAGGGUUGUACUAGUAAGCUCUGGGAUCUGAGCAGUGGCAAGUGCAUCCAAAACUUCACGUUUUACGACGUCUGGAGAACAAGAGGUCAUUUCGGAUCGGCAGCCAUGUCCCACGACUUGUCACUGAUAGCAGUGCCAUCUGAUAGCCAAGACAUUCAUAUUUUGAACACUGGCAAUGGCAAGAGAUUCCAGACGCUGGAGAGUCAUGGAGAAGACGUUGCUUCAAUAGCCUUUUCCCAUGACUCCACCCUUCUUGCAUCCGGAUCAUUCGACAACACAGUGAAAAUUUGGGAUCUAAAGCGCGGUGUAUGCCUUCAGACUUACAAAACUGGUAUAUGGAUCUUAAAGAUGAAAUUUGAAAAUGCUGGACCAUAUCUUCGUAUUGGCAUUGGCACCAUCAAUAUUAGCGCUGCAUUAGACGUAUCGUCGCUUUCAAAUAAUUCCAAGCGUUGCGUUCCUCGAUUUCACGGAGUUAGCGUAAGUUGGGAUUCAGAAUGCAUAAAAUUUGAUUCAAAGCUCGUUGCUCAGAUACCUCGAGCAUAUAGGGCAAAAACUUCGAUCUGGGGAGGAGGACACAGGAUCGUGUCAGGGAAUACUAUUGCUUUCGCCAGCCGUUCCGGAAUCGUGUCGAUAUUCAAAGUCGACGUCGAUAAGCUUUCAGCCUUGGAAUUAUGAUUUCUUAUUCAAUUGAGCUAUGAUCUCUUUGUUCCAGAUGCCUAAGGACAAUCUGCUGUACAUAUACUGCUGGUUUGCCAUGGUGCAGCCUCGAAUACCUCUAGAGAAUUCUAAUAGACUCCAAGUUUUCCACUUCUG